CUUUUAUUCGGGAAAUGCCACUUUGAAAUGCUUGUGUUUGCAAAGUGUUAUGGUAGCUAACAACCUAUGAUUGUGGUGACAUAGUACUAUAGAGGCUCAAAUUAGCCCACUACAACAACCUAUGUUUUCAGUUGAAAAGAGAUAAAACUUGUGGAUGUUCCACAAAUGAACUAUACAUCUGAUGAUCAGCCCAAUCCCCGUGGUGAAAUUUGUGUCAGGGGUCCCCUUGUGUUUCUAGGUUAUCACAAAGAUGAAACUCAGACGAGAGAAGUCAUUGAUGAAGAUGGAUGGCUUCAUACCGAAGAUAUUGCAACGUGGUUACGUGGUGGUAGACUAAAAAUUAUUGACAGGAAGAAAAAUAUAUUUAAGUUGGCUCAAGGCGAGUAUAUUGCUCUUGAGAAGAUUGAAAAUGUAUAUGCCAAAUGCAAGUUUGUGGCAAAAUGCUUUGUAUACGGUAAGGAAAUAAAUCAACACACAAAUUUGGUGUGUGAUGCUCUCUAUUAAUUUACUCCUUACUAGUUUGUUGAUGCUUAUUUUUUCAUUUUUAAGUGAUAGCCUAAAUGCUUCUUUGGUAGCUGUUGUAUCAGUGGAUCAUGAUGUCUUUGGUAGCCUAAGUACUUAUUUAAUGUUUUACUUGACUCAAACUAUUCAAUGUGUAGAUAUUUGAUGACACAUCUCCAAUGAAGCAA